AUGCUCUCGCGGAGGGUCAGCGGGGAGCAAGCGGCAGCGCCAUUGCCGUGCGAGAUCGCCGUGGACGACAUGCCGGUGGCCAGCGGCGGACACUACAAGCCUGGUAAGGCGGUGACGGCGUCGGUGUACCGUGCCAAGAUCGCUGGGCACUCGCGGGUGGUCACCGUGUCGUGGUCGCGGGACCUCCUCUCGCACGCCUUCGCCGUCACCGUCACCGGCGCCGACGGUGCGUCCGCGGAAUGCAGGGUGGACCUCCGGCCGUGGCAGUUCUGGCGGCGCGCGGGCUCCCGCCGCGUGGAGCUCUCCGGAGGCGCGUCCGCGGGCACGACGGUGCGCGUGCUCUGGGACCUGCGGCGCGCGCGGUGGCACGGCGCGGCCGCGGGCCUCCCGGACCCGCGCGGCGGGUACUACGUCGCCGUGGAGGCGGCCGGCGAGGUGGUCCUGGUCCUCGGCGACCUCCGCAAGGCCGCGCUCCGGCGGGCGUACCCCAGCGCGCCACCGGCCCUCGCUGCCGUCCCGGUCGCGCGGCGCGAGCACGUGUUCGGCCGGCGGCGGUUCGCGGCCAAGGCGCGGUUCCACGACCAGGGCGCCGUGCACGACGUGGCGAUCGAGUGCGGCGGCGACGGCGAGGACGUGGAGAUGGCGAUCGGCAUUGACGGCGAGGAGGCCGUGGCGGUGAAGCACCUGCAGUGGAAGUUCCGGGGCAACCAGUCGGUCACGUUCGGCCGGGCCAAGGUGGAGGUGUACUGGGACGUGCACGACUGGCUCUUCGCCGGCGCCGCCGGCGGCGCGCGCCCGGCGCUCUUCAUCUUCCGACCCAUCGUGCUCUCCAGCGCGUCAGCGGGGGCGUCCGCGCCGCUCCUUUCCGGCGUCGACGGCGCCGCUGGGGCCACCGGGUUCUGCCUCUACCUCUACGCCUGGAAGCUCGAUUGA